AUGGUUCAAAGCACUGCCGGUGCAGUAGGCGCAUGUGGAACAAUCAAAAGCAUUUCUUCUGCCAUUGCCAAAAAUGGUCGGCUGAGUCAAUGGCACAAAGCUCUUUGGCUACUGCGCGAGUGGGGAGCCAUGGGCGGGGAAAAGAAUGUGCUGCUUUUUGGUGCGGCCAUCAGUGCAUGCGAGAAGGGAGGCCAUUGGGAGCUGGCAUUGGCUUUGUUAUCAGAGCUCCUGCAAGAAGAGCUCGAAAGCAAUGUUGUUACAUACAGCUCGGCAAUAAGUGCAUGCGACAAGGGGGGACAAUGGCGGCGCUCUGUGUACUUGCUGGCAGAGCUCUUGGAGGUGGAUUUGCAGCCAAAUGUGAUCACUUGUACUUCUGUUGUUAGCUCCUGUGGCAAGAGUGAGCAGUGGAAGCAAGCGCUUUACACCUUCAAGGACAUGCAGGACAGCUCUGUGCAGAUGAACAUGAUUGCAUACAAUGCGGCCAUCUCGGCGUGCGAGCGCGGGAGCCAGUGGCAGUCUGCUCUGCAUCUUUUAGAAGAGAGUGCUCAGAGGAAUUUGGAGGCUGACAUCAUCUCGCAGAAUGCUGCCUUGACUGCUUUGGAGAAGUCGGCACUCUGGCAGCGUGCUUUGAACCUUUUCUACGGAGUUUACGAAGGGCGAGUCCGAACAACCAUUGUGACGCACAAUGCCGUCCUCAGCGCUUUGGGAAGUGCUGGAAAGUGGCAGAGUGCGCUGGACGCAUUAGAGAGGAUCCACAAGCAACGCUUGCAGAGCAGCGUGGUGACGUGGAACGCGGCGAUCACCGCCUGUGAGAAAGGAGACCAAUGGCAGAGGGCUCUUGGGCUCCUCAGGGACAUGCAGGAGAGGCAUGUCAAACGCAGCAUCAUCUCCUACAAUGCUGCUAUCAGUGCCUGCGAACGUGGGGAGCAGUGGGAGUGGGCGCUGGAGAUGUUUCGAGAGAUCCAGACGAGCCGUCUCACGGCAGAUAUCAUAUCCUUCAACGCCACCAUCAGUGCUUGUGAGAAAGGCCAUCAAUGGCAACGAGCGCUUCUGCUCCUGGCAGAUCUUGAAGCCAAUGAUUUGCAGGGGACUGUGGUCACCUACAGCGCGGCCAUCAGUGCAGUGGAGAAAGGAAGCCAGUGGCAGCGGGCAGUGCAGCU